AGAAAAAUCCUGGCUAGGAGGUAGCUCCGGCUGCUGAGCCUCCGCUAGGCCCCCGGCGGGGCAGGCCCCCCACCUCUCCGAAGAGGGAGCCGAGAUGUCCCAAAUGGAGAUGACAUUGGACUCUGAUGACCAGGACCUGCUGGGCUUCCUGCUGGAGGAAAGCGGAGGUUUGUGGGCUGUGCCUGACCAGGCCGUGGAGGCUCCAUCCGAUGCGGCCGUAGAGGCUCCGCGGGACUGGGCGCUGUCACCUUCUGAGAACUCCGUGCAGGCUCUGAGCGACUGGGAGGUAGAGGAUUUGCUGAAUUGCCUUCUGAGCCCCCAAACAUCUUCGGACGUUCUCAGCUCUUCCGACUCAUCUCCAGUCCACCACGAUCACACCUACUCCCUCCCACAGGAACAUGUCUCCACAGAUCUAGACAGUGGCAGGUGUGGAAAGGAGGAGGCCUGGAUGACGCCACAGCAGGUAGAGGAGCCAGCAGAGCAGGAGAUUGCUGGGCUGAUGCUGACUGAGGAGGAGAAGAGCCUUUUGGAGAAAGAGGGGCUUAUUCUGCCCGGGACACUUCCUCUUACUAAGAUGGAGGAACAAAUUCUAAAACGAGUGCGAAGGAAGAUUCGAAACAAGAGAUCUGCUCAAGAGAGUCGCAGAAAGAAGAAGGUGUAUGUAGGGGGUUUAGAGAGAAGGGUUUUGAAAUACACAGCCCAGAAUCAGGAGCUACAGAACAAAGUACAGCAUCUAGAGGAACAGAAUCUGUCCCUUCUAGAUCAGUUGAGGAAACUCCAGGCCAUGCUGAUUGAGAUAUCAAACAAAACCAGCAGUACCAGCAGCUGUGUCUUGGUCCUACUGUUCUCCUUCUGCCUCCUUUUUGUACCUGCUAUGUACUCUUCAGACACAAGGGGGAGCCUUCCAGCUGAGAAUGCUGUGUUGUCCCGUCAACUUCGUUCCCUGCCCAGUGAGGACCUUUACCAAAUGGAGAUACCUACCCUGCAGUCAGAGGUACCAAAGGACAGCACAAGCCAGUUGCUGUACAGCUCAGAUCAUGUGUUCCAAGCCCCUGGCAACCUCUGCCUGCUGUACUACAUGCCUGAAGCUCCUCAGGCUGUGCCUCCCCUGCAGUGGAGGGGGAGUGACCUCUUCUCAGAGUCCCCCUGGCCAGGUCCCAUUCUUCUCUUGCAGGCAAAUGUCACAAAAAAAGGUGAAGGGCUCCUCACCUAUAGCCCCUCAUCAGUCAUCUUGCAGGGAAGAUACUCAGGUUAGAUAUAAGGAUAUGAGGAAUCAACAAGAGCCUGGGGGACUCCAUCUGUGUUCAAUGAGUGGCGGAAGAGGGCUAGUCUUUGCUUCUAUGCCGUUAGGAUGCCUGAGGGCUCAAAACACACUACACUUGCUACUGGCUUUAUGGAUUUUUUUAUUUGUAUUUGUGUGUCUAUUGCCCUAUGAAUGGCGGCACCUGGGGAAAUCAAAUGACUGAAUAUUUCAUGCAGUGAGGGAAGGGGAUGGAAAGAAAUAAAUAAGUGAUUUUGA